AUGGCCUCAUUCUUUCAGUUACCGACGUCGGGUGACCCGGUGGUCAAGGAAUGCAACCCGGACGGGAACCUCACCGACCAACGCCAGGUCUACUGCAACAAGGUGAUACCGUCCGAGGACCGGCUCAAGACGCCGCUGCAGGUGUUCACGCUGGUGUAUGGGGCCGUGUGCCUGGGGCUGCCGGUGCUGUACUUUGUGAUCAAGCAGUUGGUGGUGUUGGGGAGGAGUUGGAGUCGUCGACGGAGCGGGACAGAGAGGUAUGUCUGCCUCCAUCGCCACCUCGGUUUUGAUAUCAAGCUAACAUGCCCUAAUAGGAGGAUACCCCCAUCAAUACUGGGAAGUAAAACCAAGAACAAGUCGAGGUCGUUGACGUCCCUCCCGUCGACGAGCACCACGGAAGCGAAGUUGCUGUCGUCGGUUCAGCAUCUUCACUUUCUCGGCGAGGGCGAGGGCGAGGGCGAGGACACUGCUGCCAUCUUGGCGGAUGGUGGUGGUGGUUUGGGGAGUGAGAAUGAGCACCCCUCUCAUCACGCUUACAUUGUCCCCCUGAGAUCACUGGGUUCGACAUCCUCUCCCAUCAGGACAAACCCCCCCAGGAUAGGACCUGGCAACUCGCAGGAUAAACCUGUGAUUCUCGGCUCUGUCGCCCUGCAGCACAUCACAAGAACUACCCUCCCCAACUGGGUCCGGUACCUUACCAAGCUAAUCAAAGAUGACUUUUCCGCCUCCGGGGUCGUCAUCUCCCUCUCCUCCCCUUCCACCACCACCUCCGACAACAACCAAGACGUAGUCAUCCUCCACGACCUCCUGACCCGCCUCCAAGAAAUCGACAUCCCCACCCUCAUCACCCUCCCCCAUGACUUGGCAGACUCCCUACCCCUCUCCCACGUCGACCUGUCCCUCGUGGCCGGUCUGAUCAUCCAAAACGCGUGUAUCCUCCCCGACGGAACAAGACGUGACUUCUUCCGGAGCUACCCCCUCCGCAACCUCAUGUCCCGCGUUCUUGGGGAGAGGUCCGACCGGCCCUGGUUUUUCGUCGGGUUUUGGGAUCGUUGGGAUGUCAGGCCCAGCCCGGCGGUGGUGGUGAGGGGGGAGAAGCUGGCCAGGCAUUUUGAGGGGGUGUUGGCCCAUGGCCCCAACGGGGGAGAAAUGGGGAGGAGUGUGAGCGGGUUUGAGGUUUUGAGGAAGCCGGAGACGACGGACUUGCAAAAGGUGUGGAUGGGGCAGGGGAAGGGGGUUUAUUUUGGAGAAGGGGCAGAAGAGGUGGCGGGGUUGGAUUUGGAGGAGAUGAAAGAUUUUUUGCCGGAGAUAGAUGUGUUGUUGGAGGGGGUGGCGGUUGGGGAGGGGGAUGACGACAAGGUGGAGGAGGUGGACAGGCAUCGGUUGUCGCUGCUUUCCUCUACGGCUGGAAGAGGUGGUGCUGGGGGCGAAUAUGAGAUGCCGGGUUCGUUGGUGGGGUUCUGGGACGGGACGGGGGCGGGGGAGGAGGUUUCCUGUUUGGGGUGUGUGCCGCUUCAUGUUGAUGCUACUGCUGAGCAUUACGAGGCGGUGCUGGCUACGCAGGAGCACCUGAGGGAGUUGGAGAUGUUGGAGGUGGUGGAUGAGGUGGUUAUCAACAAGAUUGUUGAGCAGCUCAGGGCUUUUCAGGAGAGUUCUGCCGAGCCGUACUUGGUCAAUGCGCUUUAUGAGGGGUUGAAGCAGCAAAAGGUUGUUGUUUACAAGGGGCUCGCGACGGGGUUUAGUAUCCCGGAUAAUGCGGCCGAGUUUUGGGGGGUGAGCAGCGAGUUUUUGGUCGAGGGGGAGGAGAAGGUGGGGGUGAGGUUGUACAUCUCGCGGAGGUGUCCCUGGGAUGUCAGCACCAUCCUUCACACCUGGUUUGCCCACCACGGGUUGACCCGCAUCGAGCGGUUCGAAGAGGAGCUGAGGUUGGAGAAGGCGUUGGAUCCCACCUCGACGGCAGAGGUACCCCUGAGCAUCAGGACAGCCAUCCAGGGCUCGACCCCGGCCGAAGCCCUCAGCCUGCUGCAGCGACUCCAAACCAGCAAAGUCGAGCACGCCUUCAAGCGGCCCAUCCAGGACGACUGCCGGGUUCUCCUCCUCGACGAGACCUCCGUCGCCUCGUGGAACGACGCCCACUCCCGCAAGUAUCAAGAGGGGACCAUCACCAUGGAGCAGCUCCUGCGAAACCGCCUCUCCCACUUUGCCCGCUUGGGCGCGAAAAGACUUCCCUCCCUUGGCAACCUCCUCAAAUUGCACGAGCUGAUGGAGAACUUGGUCGACCACUGCCUCUUCGUCGGCGACAUUGAACCCCUCAACACGAUCAACUCGGCCCUCACCCUCGCCUACGACCCCCUGAACUGCCUCCACGACAGCAAGCACGUCGACCCCAACGCCGAGUUUGUCAUCCUCCUCUUUCUCUGCGCGCUGCGAAAGUCGGCGCUGGAAGACGUCUACAUUGAAGCGACGGACCACUGCCCCGUCUUUUCCCAGCCCGACCAGGCCGCCGUCUUUUCCGAGCUCUGGGUCCUCGGGUCGCAGUGUGAGCUCUACUUCGGCAUGCCGCCGCGUGCUUUGGGUCGGAUCAUCUACGCCCGUCACCGGGAGUUCCUCGCGGCUGACCCGCCACCGCCGUUGACCAAGGAGCAGAAGGGGUUGAUGACGGUGUAUGCCAAGCCGGAGCCGUCCACCGGGAUCAGGAAGAUUGACCCUGAGGGGCCGGCGAGGCAGGGGUUUAGUGUGUUCAAGGCCGUGCAGGGGAUGAGGAGGGCGACGUCCGAGUUUGGGGCCUUGUCGAUUUUUUGCCUGCCGGCCAUGUUGGACAUUGUGCUGCUGACGUUUUUGGGGAGGGGGUUGUUCAUGACGGCGUACAUGGGGGAGAAGUAUUUGUCGGCGGCGUGUUAUGCCUUGUUGAUCAGCUUGUUGCUUUCGGCGGGGGUGACGGGGUGGUAUGCCUACAACAACAUGGUCUUCUUCCACGUUCAGCGUCUUGCUGGCGGGUUUGCGUUGACCUUGCUGGUGGGUGUUGUCGGGACGGUGAUUCACAUCGUCAAGGUCGGGGUCGCGCCGGCGUUUACGUAUUUUGCGUACCUCGUGCUGAUCUCGACGUAUCUGAACGUGCUGGGAAUCAUGGCCACCAUGCACCAGCACGGCACCCCCCUCACGUCCGGCCGCACCGUCCUCUGGCGCACCCUCCCCCUCCUUUUCAUCUCCCCCAUCGUGUCGACCUACCUCAACGGCCACGACCUCGAAAUCUACCUCUCGGUCGGCUUCGGCUUCUUGAUCCUCCUCCUGAUCCAAUACCGCAGCCUCUGCCACGAGUGGAUCAACUGGCUCGACAACGUGCCCAAGUUUACCGAGAAGGACAUUCUGACUUGGUACACGACCCGGCUGGAGAAGCAACAAUCGUCCGGCAACCAGAGCAGCAGCAGCACCUCGUCGGUGUCUGACUCCCUCUCGGAAAACCCAGACAACUUCAAGAAGCUCGCCCUGCAGGCCUUUCGCGAGACAAUCACCCAAGGCAGCACCAACUUUGGCCACCUCAAGAACACGGUUAUCACUCCCGACCCUCUGAUCAGAAGGAUAGUCAAAGGCCUGCCCUACAUCCUCUGGCUCAUGAAGAAGGACGCCACCGAAGACAACCAGCCGGCCGAGAUGUUUUCUGUCGCCUGGUUCUCGCAGCUUUCCCAGGCCCUGAAGCGCCAGCAGCAGAUGGCGCAGGGACUGAAGGAGCACAGCAUCUUCAUGCUGUUUCGGUACGGCAAGCUGGAUAUCGGGCAGAAUGUGGGCUUGUUUCUGAUUUGUCUGAUGGAUCGGUGGGUGAGCAUCGCGAUGGCGGCCAACUCGGCGCCGAUUGACUACUUUACCACGUUUACAUCGAGGUACGCGAUUUGCUUCGCGAUCCUGUACUUUUGCGCGAGCGUGAUGAUGCUGGAUAGCAUGUUGAGGGAGUACUGGAAGGCAAAGUAUGAUUUGAGCGAGGAGGGGCUGGGGAGCUUGGGGGAGGCGGAGGGCGUGAGUGGGGAGUGGGAGAGGUGA